CACACAUAUAUAUAUGUAUGUAUACAUAUAUGACGAGAUGGGCAUUUCUCUCGUCACUACCAACUCCAUCAAAAUCAAUUCUGAGAUCGAGGGGAUUCAUUUGUUAGGUCAUUUCUCUCAAAUGGAAGCUCAAUUUCUUAUUCAAUCUCUUCUUGCACUGCUUGGAGUCGCUUUCUUGUUGAAUGCUACGACCCUGGCGAGUCAGUUGGAGGUUCACUUCUACCGGAACUCAUGCCAACAGGCCGAGUUCCUAGUGAAGAAGAUCAUGAAGGAGCGGGUUAGCCAGGACCCAUCUCUCCCUGCUGGCCUGCUUCGGCUCCAUUUCCACGACUGUUUCGUCAGGGGAUGUGACGCUUCUGUUCUAUUAGACAGCAAAGGCGAAAACGUGGCAGAGAAAGAAGCUCCUCCAAAUUUAACCCUUAGAGGGUUCGAGGUAAUCGAUGAGAUAAAAGCUGAACUCGAGAAGAGCUGCAAAGGCGUUGUCUCCUGUGCAGACAUUCUCGCGCUUGCGACCCGAGAUGGAGUUGCUUUGUCCGGUGGAUCCGCGUAUGCUCUCCCCACUGGCCGACGAGAUGGGUUGGUUUCGAAAAUCAGCGAUGUUCAUCUUCCUGCACCAUCGUUCUCGGUUUCUGAUGCCAUUAACGCCUUUCAGUCGAUUAACAUGACCUUGCAGGAGCUCACUACUUUACUAGGGGCACAUGCACUAGGAUUCUGCCAUUGCGGGUUCUUCGUGGAAAGGCUGUACAACUUCAAGGGCACAGGCCAACCUGACCCGAACAUCGACCCGUCCUUCCUUCAGACCCUAAGGAAAAAAUGCCCACCUCCAGGACCAGUGGCCUUCAAUUUUAGCACCGACCCAACGGUCUUCAUGACCCCGUCUUCAGGCACGCCCUUCAGGUUGGACAGCUCCUUCUUCAAGGGAGUCAUUGAGGAGCAAGCCAUCCUUCAGCUCGACCAGGAGCUUGGAUUCACUGAUCUAACAAGGAAGAUCGCAGCUGACUAUGUGAACAGGCCGCAUGUGUUUCGGAGGAAGUUUGCCAAGGCCAUGAUCAAAUUGGGGAGCGUGGGGGUCUUAAGGGGGCGGGAAGGGGAGAUUAGGGAAAAUUGUAGAAGGGUCAAUACGGGGAACGCAUUGAAUUGAAUUCUUAUUUAUUAAACUACUUUAAUAAUCACGUGCAAUUUAUGUGAAAAUAAUGUAUUCAAUGCACUAUUCUUUUAUAGUACAUGCUUAUGGACGUCAUCUUUUGCAAACUCUCAACUUG